UCUGACUUACAUAUCAAACUAUAAUACAGAUUUGUUACGUUACUAAAUAUUCUUCUAUUUUGAAAAAUUUUGUAACACCGUUUUACAAACUCUUAAAUGCAACUGCAAGUUUAAAUUAACACGGCACCAUUUUAGUUGUCCAAUUUGCUAAAGAUAAACGAGCGUAUAUAUAUAAGAUUGAUGAGCUGAAGGUUGUGGAUUUUCGUCUAAAGUUUGAUUUCCCGCCAUUUAUGGCCAGUGCGACCAAUUUUUUAACUUAUCGAAAGAUAUAUUUAUCGAUGUUUUAGUAAUCGAUAUACCGGUCGCCGAUUGGUCACACUACAGGUGACAGAAAAGAAAAAAAAAACAAAGCCAAAAUUAUUGUGGAAAAGUGUAAAGUUCAAAAAUCGUCGUCAAUCGGAAAAUUGGCGAUUAAACGAAAAUUGCCCGAGUGUGGAAAUUGAAUCCAAAGCAAAUACAACGUUACCACCUGACCUCCUUCCAAUAUAGUGAUUUUCACAUUAACCAUAGGCUUUCAAACACAAACACAUACACAGAAUUGUACGCUCCCAUACACGUACACACACACACAAUUCUCUUCUCUUUUUGCGAAAUCCAAGACCGAAGGCCAACGCCAGCUCCAAAAACCGCUCCAAAUGCGUUAGAUAGUGAAUUACCAUUACCCUCCCGAUCGAACAUUCAAAAUUUUGUGCACCGUCACGGUGUAUCAGCCAGACGCCAAAACCAAAACACAGACUCAGCCACAAUCAUGUCUAUGCGUACGAAAGUUCUGGGCCUGGUGGAUGUGAUGAUGCGAGUGCCGCCCAUCAUGGUCAUCGAUGAGAUACUCAAAAUUGGCAUGGGUCUGCCCACGCGAAUGUAUCCGGAAAAGAAUGAAGCUGGCACAUCGACAACGACGGUGGAAGUAUCGACAGAGCCGCCAUCUAAUAAUGAAGCAUUUUCCUUUAUAACAACAUUCUUCGGAUUGAGCAGUGGAUCGGGACCUGAUCCAUCCCCACCGGGUGAAGCUGGCCAAAAUGUUAUUGAACAGGCCAUAGACAAUGCCUCGAAAGCCGCCCAAUCUCGGGGAAUGCUAGGCAAUGGUUUCAAUACCAUAAUGGAUGGACUGGCCCACGAUGAAGCGAUAGCGAGCAUAAUCAGCAUUACGACAGUGAAAUUCGUAUUGUGUAUACUGGGUUUCGCGUCUGCCGCCUGCAUAUUUAUGCUCUGGACACGUCAUCUUGUGAUGGUCUACAUGUUUCUCACCUCACUGGGUCUCACAUUUCUGUCCUAUUGGUCAAAUGUCAGUGCUUUGGCCCUUAUGGAGGGUAGUCCGUGUAUCUUAGAAGAUCUCAUGUCAAUGAACACCACACGAAUAUUGGAGUCGGGUGGCAUUAUCGUCUCACUGGCACCGCAUGUAAUGGCACAAUGGUUCAUGGGCAUGCUCUUCGCUUACAUACAUUUGGGACCAAGAUUUGCGCUUCUGCAAAAAUCCAUGCCCAUGAUUUUUACUAGUCCCAUUCUACUUGCCAUUUUGCCAUUAUCCCCACGAUUUGUGCAACAGUUACCAAUAAUAGCGGGCUUCACGCCCAUCAUAUUAACCAAAAUCACAGUGAUUAACAGCAGCAUGGAGGCCAGUCGAACGGUGUACAAUGGUUAUCAGUAUGCUAUGAAUUUUGUAUCCAAUUUUGGUUUAUCCGCACUUAUCGAGAAUGAAUGGCAACGUCUUAAUGUGCCGAAUGUUUUAAGGGUUUUCUGGACAAUUAGGAUCUUGCAAGGUGCCUAUGUCCUGGUCAGUGCCGAAAGUGAGGCACCUUUGGAAGUUUAUCCCACUAUCGAGAAGCUUCUUGUUGAUGGCUGCGAGACUUUGACUGCUGUUUUGGGCAUGACAGGUGUAAUAUCAAUGAUAUGCCAUUAUAUUGGACGCGGCUUUCAAUGGUAUCUGCUGACGUAUGACAAUGACGAGGAGAAAUCACUGGGCACUGUUUCGGCGGUUCUUUUCUAUAUAUUGGCCUUGCAAACUGGACUAACCUCAUUGUCGCCAGACAAACGAUUUGUGCGAUUGUGUCGAAAUUUGUGCCUUCUGGUUACUGCCCUGCUACAUUUUCUCCAUAACAUAGUUUCGCCCAUUUUGAUGUCGUUAAGCGCUGCGAGAAAUCCUUCGCGCAAACGCCAUGUUCGUGCUCUAUCGGUUUGUGUUUUUCUGAUCCUAAUGCCAUUGAGUCUGCUUUACUAUCUGUGGACCCAACAUUCACCUUCCACUUGGCUCCUGGCUGUGACUGCCUUCUCCAUAGAAGUUAUCGUUAAGGUGCUUGUAUCGUUGGCCACAUAUGGCCUCUUCCUUCUUGAUGCUCGACGACAGUUCUUUUGGGAAAAACUGGAUGACUAUCUCUACUAUGUACGGGCCUUUGGCAAUUCUGUAGAAUUCUGCUUUGGUAUUCUACUCUUUAUUAACGGAGCCUGGAUAUUGCUCUUUGAAUCGGCUCAAAAUGCUACAGGCGGAGCCAUCAGGGCGAUCAUGAUGUGCAUACACGCCUAUUUCAAUAUAUGGUGUGAGGCCCGGGCCGGCUGGUCGGUGUUCAUGAAGCGACGUUCUGCUGUCCAUAAGAUCUCGUCCCUUCCUGAGGCGACAACGGCCCAAUUGCAAGCCUUUGACGACGUCUGUGCCAUAUGUUAUCAGGAAAUGUAUACCGCCAAAAUAACUCGAUGUCGUCACUUCUUCCAUGGUGUUUGCUUGCGCAAAUGGCUUUAUGUGCAAGAUCGUUGUCCGCUGUGCCAUGAGAUAAUGAUGUAUACAGAGAAAGCUGAGGAUAAUGCCACACAAGGCGAAGGUGCCGGUGCAGCCCCAGCUGAUCAGCCAUUAAGGAUAUAUCCACGAGAUGAUGGCAACAAUAUGGCAGCGCCAAGACAAUCGCCAGAACGUACUGCUUCCGAUGUGGGUGAGAUUGGCUCCACAGCAGCAACAGCUACAACGAGCAGUGCAGCAGCUAUAAUUGGAGCUGAAGCAGCAGCAGCCAUCGCCGAGGCAGCAGUAGCAACUGCUGCCGGGCUCAGUGUCACACCAAGUAGCAGUAAUGCCAGCUAUAUAACAACGUCGUCGGCUCAACCGCCGCCACCAACAGCCACAUCGGCGGCAGCUGUGGCCACUGCGGCUGCUAGUAAUACAACGCACAUCUUUCGGAUGUCGCAGGACCAGCAGUGAGCGAUGAUGAUCAUCCUUCUUACUAUUACAAAUUUUUACCAUUUGUGAACUGUUCUAUGUGUUAGUGUACUUACGAUUGUAAAAACGAAAAGAAAAAGAAAAAAAUGGGAAAGAAGAAAAGUAGCAUGCGAAUGUAAAGUGAUUAGGAGCAGCUUAGUUCACCUUUCCAAAGCAAAUUUUUCCAAUUUCCACACUCACGUCCUACACAUACACACACUCACACACACACACACACACACACAGCCAUGCUUUAUUAAAUUAUAUACCAUGCAUAUAAUAGCGCGCUGAACGAAACGAAGAUUUCCAAACCGGAGAUCUAUGUAAAUUAAGUUUAUGGUAACCAGUUGAACCCAAAAAGAUUUUUUGAAAAAUAUUAGUUAUAAGUUUGCAAAGAGAAGAAGAAAAACAAACAAAAAAAACCGAACAGUAAAAGUGUAAAAAUCAAGAAAAACAUAAAAAAAAAACAAAUGAAUGUGGUGAAGUCUGAAAAUGAUUUAAUCAAGUUACCAAGUAAAAAAAAAACAAAAAAACAAACC